UCCAUCCAUCCCCAUUUCACAGCAUCCAUUCCAGACAGAGUGUUUUUCGAUCGGUUGCCAAUGGCGGACAUAGCGAUGCUGGUGGCCGACGAGGCGUUCGAGAAGAGGCUGCAGCGAGGGGCGCCCUUCGCCGGCGCCGGCGAGGAGGCGUCCAAGGGACGGGAGAACUUCGGGGCCGUGACCAAGGUGUGGGGCUCCUGGGCGUCGGGGGUCAAGGUGAGCGUCGCGCUCCUCGUCAAGGCCGACGUGGCCGAGCCCAGGAGCCCGGUCGCCCGGGCAGCCUUCGACGGCUUCUUCUCUGCUUGAUGAGUGUGAAUUAGAGUAAUUCGGAGGAGUUUACCGUGUGGAGUACCUCUCCCCCUUAAGCCAGUGUCAUGUAACUCCGAUUUGUAUGUACAUAACCGUGUGCUUUACUGGUUUGCAACAAAGAAGAAGUACACUUUUUGUA